AUGGAUGACCAUUACUGGCAUGCGAACCAGCAUUAUAUUCAUCAGCAUUUGCAACCAGUCUCAUCACCAGAACCCGCUUUCAAUAGAGUUGCCGCAGAUUCCGUUCAUGGAGCUCAUAGGUUGCUUGCUGUAUAUCCUAUGGCUUCCGCAACCCCCACUACUCAUGUGGCAAGGCAUAUAAACAACUUGGCAGUAACCGCGAACACACCAACUUAUAUGCAAGCCAGCUACAAUAAUUUUCACUACCCUUCUCAUAAUGCAGUCGUUCCCCAAAUGAAUGAAUACUCUCACGAGAUUUCUCGUUUGUCCGCAAUGCCAAUGCCCGCUCAGCCAACAGGCUACUGGGAACGCUCAAGAGACCAAUGCAUGCAGGUCUUAGGGGACCCAGAGUAUCCUUCAACAUCAUACUCCUUUCCUUCCCAAUGGUCCCGAUCACAGGGUGUCCAGUCCGGUUACCAGACCCCGGCUCUCGCAAGUUCGAUUUUUCAGCGCAUGACUCCUGCCUCCGCCUAUCCUACGCCCCCUCCUCCCAGCGUCACUCCUUCUACGUCCUCCCUUGCAUUUGCGUUAGGCUAUCCUCCAGAAACCCCCCAGAAUGUCUCACACCGAUUUGAGGACUCGUCCUCCUUUUUCAAUAGUUUUCUUGAACAGCAAUCUCAAGGAUUGGCUCAAGCCUUUUCUGGACCAAAUGAUCAUCAGAUGAGGACCCCUUCCCGUCAUGUUCAUACUUUGCCACACGAAAGUCCCGAUCCUCUUGCAUUAACGUCCAAUUCGAAUUGCUCAGCUCCAUCGAUCACUCCUCGUAAAAGGAAGUCAACAGAAAGAGUCUCCACACCAUCUCACAAACGCUUACAUGCCGCGCACUCCGACUCUACUGUCAUCUCACGCGUCUCUGCGAUGACUGGAUCUUCUAGUUCUUCCAGUUCUUCCAAGACGCCUAGGAGAACUCUUGCUUACGUUGAGGUCCCCCCUCUCCCCAAGAUGUGGUUUACUCCGUCUCCUUUAAAGACGCAUUCCUUUCGGCAAGGUAAAACUGACUCACCAGACUUAGGCGGAUAUGGAUCAGAAGAUGACGACACCCAUGUUUCCAAGACAGCUGGUCUUACCAGCGUGAAAUCAUCUGCCCGAAGGACUGGCGAUCGUGACGACAGGGACCCUCUGGAAAAGUUUAUCGCCCUCACUGACGAUAUCUUUGACGCAGAGGAUUCUCUUCCAGCUGAUGUCGACCGGAACCCACUCUCCAAGGAAUAUUUCACCUCUAUUGGGCAUGAUCGUGAUCAGCCCUUACUUCAGCCCAAUAUAAUUCGCAAACUGACCAAAUAUAUCAUACAAAUGGCAAAGCCUGUGAAACGUACCAGGAGGACGACCCGCGAAAAUGGUUUAGGCGGCGGCACACCUAAGGGAAAAGCGAGUUUGGCCAACGUCGACAGUGGUGUGAUAUCUAGAUUAUUGAAAAUUUUGGAUCGUAGCGUGGUAGCAGGCGAAAACGUCGAACCGUUCAGUACUAUACCCCAAGCUGGGGCAAAAAACGACUCACCUCGUAAAGGUAGAAAGAUACUCAAAACACGGAAAACGCUUACCGGCGUAGAAGAGAAAAUUUCAACGAGCGGAUCCGGUGAUAUUUCCCAGGAAAGUACCAUGGUGGAAGAAGCGGCUAUGGCGGUUGAGGACUCUUCGACAAGUUCAGUGCUUACAAACGUCGAUCUAGAACAACUGUCAAAGCAUUUAGAUGUUGCAAGGGACAGUGUUUUGGCAGCUGAUUGUUGCAUUGCAUUGCUAGGCAGUGAUAGGUUAAUAAAGCAGUUGUAUUCUGAAGAGCUUAUCAUGGCUUGUCUGAGCACCAUCAAGAACCAACUGACAAGUAUUGUAUAUCCCUUUGUAGAAGCGUCGACCAUCGAUCGCCCAAAUUCAGCGCUGCUAAAACAUCUUCAUAAAGGCUCUGAUGCCUCUUCCAUAGCUCAUCGACGGCAGCUCAGCGAGCUAUUUCAAGCACUCUCAGUUGCCUUACCUCACAUCAAUCGCCUCAUUUCGGAGGAGGCUGUUGUUAUGUCAGACGCAAUCAUCAUACACACCGUUUACAUUGCUAUUGGUCCGUUCUUUGUGUUCGAGCCUGGCGGAGAUAGUGACGGCAAGGGCAAGAAAGAGAAUGUGGUCCUCAGCACGUUGGGCAACAGCUCAAUGAGAGGGCUCCGACUUGACGCAUUGUCUCUAAUACGUGGGGUUUUUGCAAGGCAUGAAAGCCAACGGUCGUGGAUUAUCGAGGAAAUCCUGACGUCGCUUAUCAAACUUUCUGACGGUAACAAGAAAGCAGGACAGUUCCGUUUGCGGGAUGGGCGGUCCAUCAAGACUGUCUCCGCUCUACUUUUACAGCUGGUACAAACAUCUGCACAUGAUAUCCGCAUCGAAGCUUCCCAGAUUGCAAAGAAUCGCCAGCGUCGUUUCGCAUUACGUCGUCAAGAAAACAUCAAUGACAGACAAGCAGAACCAUUCCUCGAUGAACUUGAUCUUGAGGAAGUACGAUUAUAUGUUGGCGGAUUGGAAUCAGCUUCCAAAGCAGCCAAGACCAUAGUUAUUUUUUUGACGCAAAGGUCCGGAAAGAGUAAAUCAACGAAGAGCUCCAACGAGGCUGAAUAUCGGGCCAUAUUAGAUAACUUGAUCUCCGACCUUCUUACGGUCUUGUACUGGCCGGAAUGGCCAGCGGCAAGUUUGCUCUUGAGUGUCGUUUGCAAAUUCAUGGUGUCAUCGCUAGAUGAUGUAAAAUCAAGUCAGACGGACAAUAAUGCAGCCAAGAAUAUUGCACUUGAUCAUCUGGGAACAAUUGCGGCACGUAUGAGGUCUAGUUCGCUAAAGGUUAAGCAACGACAGGCUGGUGAAAAUGUAUUGCCCAUGGAAGAGAUUAUUUCAACAGCGAAUUCCGAAGAAUUUCGAAAGUUAAUUUUAAGACAUCAAGACAUAGCAAUGCAUUUAUGCAAGCGUUCAUCAGACGAUCAAGCGUAUGAUAGUGCGAGGGAACUUACGGCGGCAACGUGGGGACAAGAACUAGCAUUGGCCUUGAACCAAGUACACAACUUCCUCGAAAAUCCCGAAAACGAAACGACUCAAAAGCAUCGUGACAUGCUCCUGUUUGGCGGAGACCUUAGAAACGCACUGAGAGACGUUUGGAAGGAUAAUACAGUUGACGUUUUUGACAUAGGCUCGCAGGAAGAGAUUGUUCGAAUCGACCAAUUGGCAGAAGAGAUUGGCACUAUUCAAAGCCUCAAAAAUACAUUCGGUCCCAUCUUAAAUGUGGUUUUAUUAGCCCUUGAUGCUCCCCAAGUGUUUAUGCGUACCAAAGCGCUUCGAGCCUUAGGGCAAAUAGUGACAAGCGACCCGAGCAUUCUAUCUGCUGCUAACGUCCGUGGAGCUAUUGAAGGUCAUCUCCUUGAUAGUUCCCCUGCUGUCCGAGAUGCUGCUGUAGAGCUGAUUGGAAAGUACUUGGUUGACUCACCAGCUGUUGCAGGAGACUACUACCAAAGAAUCGCUGACCGUAUUGCUGACACCGGUCUCGGAGUGAGGAAACGUGUCAUUAGACUGCUCAAGUCCUAUUACCAGGUGACAGAUAAUAUGACUCGUCGUGUCGACAUAAGUACCAAGCUCGUGCUGCGGAUGUUGGAUGAGGACAAUACGGUGAAGGACCUGGCUGUCAAAACCUUAGAAGAACUUUGGUUCACUAUUACCUCAUUGCAUGGUCUUUCCAUGAAAGUACGUCAGUCAACGAAGCCUACUAAUGGUGACAAGGGUGGAUUGCUAUCCAAUGUAUCUGUGAUUAUGGGGGUUGCAACGAACUUUAAAGACAGGCAAUCACCUCUGGAAGAUUUGCUGCGCAAGAUGAUAGCAGACAAAGACGGCACAGACUUAACUUCUUUACGCGGUAGUUACACUGAAAUCUGCGAAACUUUGAUCGAUGGCUUAGUUGACGCGUCUGAUCUGCCUGGCUUUACUGUCCAUACUUGUAUACGAACUAUAUUUCUGUUUACCACUGCUUACCCACCUGUUUUAUCUGGAUCAAAUGCUUCCACACUAUUGCCAUACCUGAAACCUGCAACAUCACCUGAAGAAGUCAUCAUAACAGAUUAUCUGUUGAAAAUAUUCAGAGCAUCUGUACCUCAUAUGCCUAGGACUUCUGUGAAGCUUGGUCAAGAGCUUCAGCUACUUUUGCAGCCCAUGAUUCUUAAACCGUCUACUAUAGGCGGUGUUCAGGGUUUGCAAGAAUCGGUGGCGUGUAUGUGUGCAGUGGUCCAGAAUUUAACCCACGACUUCAAUCGGCUCGUAGCUUUGGUGAAAUCUUGUAAUGCGCGGCUUCAACAAGCUAUCUGCAGGUCGACGGCACAAAGAAUGACUCCAGUCGAGGUCAGGACGCUUUCCAUACUGAUUUUCAUCGUCUCGCUACUCGGCGAGCAUUGCGACUUUGAUUAUGUACGCAACGAAUACGAAGAUCUUGCUUCUGAUCUAAACACUAUCACGAGAGGUUCGGUUGUCGAGCAUAUUUACAAUAGUCUGUUGAAGUUAUAUGAAAAGUAUGACGAUAUUGGACUACAGGGACGCAUUCUACAAUGCCUCGGGUUUCUUUUUCGAGCUCAGCCCACGUUGAUGACUUUGGAGUCUUCAGCGAAAAUUAUGGAUGACACGUUUAAAUCUUCGGACGAAGACAGUCAUGGGCGGUUGUUACGUAUUAUGCAGGAUUUCUUAACUGCAGAGUCAGUAAAGCAGUCUAUACAGAGUAAAGUAGUCAAUCUGAAGACACAUUCAUCUGAGUCAGAGGUCAAUAUGGAGGAGCUCGUGGGUAAUACCGAUGGAUUCGCAGACUCCGGAGUCAGUUCAGCCAUAGUUCAGCGAUAUAUAGCAUCCAUUCUUGAUGCGGCUUUAUCGCAAAACGCGGCCAUUCAGGCUGUUGCUAUCGAUAUCCUAAGCUUCACCGUAAAGCAAGGAUUAGCUCAUCCUCUUCAGUCUUUCCCUAUAAUCAUUGCGCUAGAGACGAGUCCCAUUUCCGCUAUAAGUGCUCGUGCAAACGCACUUCAUGCUGUCCUGUAUAGUAAACACACAUCGUUGCUAAAUGUUCGUUAUGUGGUCAGUGCACGGGAAUCUUUCAACUACCAGAAAAGGAUUGGGACCGGAGUUUUUAAAGGAUAUAGACUGCAGUCAGAACCUGUAGCAUUGCUUCAGCGAUGGUACUCCUUGGUCCGCGAAAAACGUGGAUCUAGACAAGAUUUUUUGAGAUCAUUAGUCAAAGUUUUUGACAUCAACGGUGCUUUACAAUCAUCCCAGGACGAUAUUGAUUUUGCGCGAUAUAUGGCCGAGAACUUCUCCGCUUUUGAUUAUAAAACUCAAGAGGAAGUGCUAACUGUCAUCAACUAUCUGACUUCGGUAUUAUCGACUGCCGGAAUGCAAUUGAUCGAAGUGCUCUCGCCGUCUAAUCUUUUGACGCAAUUACACGACGCUUCACAAACCGAAGCCGUCGAAGCCGUCGAAAACCCGCAUGUGUCUGCUAAACUGGGAGCCUCAGCGGUCCAACGCUGGGAUAUAGCAGUCAUCAGAAGUUCUGUCAUCGUAGGAAUGGUUAUGCUGCUAAAAGCUUAUUUGAAGAUGCUUUAUGGCCUAUCUGAAGAGAAAUGUAUCAAAUUCGCGCCAGGCAAGAAAAGUAUCGUGGGUGACAAGGCUGUCACGAAACGGCAUCAUAAUCCAAUCAUGUGGGACCGUCUCCCUUUCGCGAGUACUCCACUUGUCGAUCAAGAUAUAGAAAACCACAGGACAAUGUUCCUAGCUAUAUGGAGUGAAGACGGUGUGACGGUGGAGCCUGACGAUGAUUCUACAUGAGAAGACACUAUCACGCUUUUCAUCAGUUUCAUGACAUUUUUAUAUUUUGCACCUGACAUUAUACCAUUCUUCGACAAUACAGCUAAUUACGUCGUCAUCAUCGUUUGCAUCAAUAAUCUUCCUGUAUUCUACAGUGUGCUGCAUAAAAUAAUUCCGUAUGAGACAUGGUGUGGUCAUGCUUCCAGAAA